GUAUUUGAACAUCGCAAUUCCCAACUUCACAGAGCCAGAGAUUUUGGUUCGUUUCGUUGUUCAAGAGCAAAGUGGUCUGCCACCUCUCAUACAGCAAUCAUGGCCAUCAUCGGAGCCAAAGAACACCACGUCGAUCCGCAGUUGUCGCAGAUCGCGCAGAAUGAUAAGACAAUCUGGUACAAGAAGCCAAACCUGCGGUUCCUCUACCUCAUCCUCAUCCCGACUGCACUUGGAGUCGAAUGGACCUCGGGCUUCGAUUCUUCUAUGAUGAACAGUCUGCAAGCUGUUUCGUCGUGGUUCGAAUAUUUCGGUCGUCCCAAUUCGUCAAGACUUGGCCUUCUCAACGCAAUGUACUCCCUUGGCGCUCUUAUGGCGAUUCCUUUCGUCCCUUUCUUCAGCCAGCGUCUCGGUCGUAGGCGGACUAUCCUACUCGGAUCCUGGAUUAUGGUUUUGGGUGCUGGGCUCCAAGCCGGGGCUAGGAACGUCGAUAUGUUCCUGGCUUCGCGAUGGAUCCUGGGAUUCGGAAUCCCCUUCGCAAUCAUCAAUGCAUCCUCGCUCAUUGGCGAACUUUCCUACGCCAAAGAGCGCCCAAUCAUGACCAGUCUUUUCAAUGCCAGCUGGUUCGUCGGGGCCAUUGUGGCAGCAGGAAUUACAUUUGGCACUUUUCAAAUGUCCUCCACCUGGGCGUGGAGGAUUCCCAGUCUACUCCAACUCGUGCCCAGUGCCUGUCAAAUCGUCUUUAUGCCUUUCUGCCCCGAGUCACCUCGCUGGCUCAUAUCCAGAGACCGUGGCGACGAGGCACUUGCAAUUCUUAGCAAGUAUCACAGCGAGGGGGAAAAUGGCGACGAGUUCGUCCGCCUCGAGUACGCCCAGAUUAUGUCCACCAUCCAGCAAGAGAAGGAAGUCGCUAGCAAAUUCCUUUGGGCAGACGUCUUCCGCGAUGCAGCUAUGCGCCGUCGAUUCAUGCUGGCUGGGAUCAUGGGCUUCUUCACGCAAUGGUCUGGCAAUGGCUUGAUCUCUUUUUACAUGAAAAAAAUCCUGAAUCUUGUCGGUAUUACGGACAACCACACUGUGCAAAAGUUCAUUCUGGGCAAUACAUGCUGGGGUUUCAUCAAUGCCGUUCCUAUCGCCAUGAUAGCACCACGGUUUGCAAGAAGGAAAAUGUUCCUUGUGUGUACAAUCGGUACCGCUUGCGUUUACACCGUCUGGACUGUCGCAUCAGCCAGAUUCGCAAUCGAGCAAUCCCAAAGAGCUGCUAUCCCAGUUCUAGUCUUCAUUUUCGUUUACUCGCCGUUCUACAACAUUGGCUGGAAUGCCCUUGCUUACACUUAUCUCGUGGAACUAUUUCCAUUCAGUCAAAGAUCAAAGGGAAUCGCUGUGGAGCAACUUACGGUCCGCUUUGCUGUAUUCUUCAACACUUACGUUAACCCUAUCGCGCUAGAUUCCAUCGGCUGGAAGUACUACAUUGUCUACUGCGUGUGGAUCUUGGUAGAGAUUUUGACGGUUUAUACGAUUUUCCCCGAGACUCAAGGCCGCACCCUCGAAGAACUGAGUUUCAUGUUCGAGGGCAAAGAUGUGCAGGACAAAGUCCAGAAAAAUACUCAAAAGGUGCUCCAAGUCGAACUUGAGGAUAUUCACGAGCGACCCGGCUCUCGGGAUGCGGUUGAAAAUACCAAGGUAUGA